AUGACCACCACCAAUCGAUGGCUGCGCGAAGAGCACGAGCACAGCAGUUUAUCAAAUGCUUCGCUGGGCAAAGUCAUCUCCACUGGUCUCCUCCUCGGCGUUGUGCACAUUUUGACCGGUCCCGACCACUUGAGUGCAUUGGCUGCCAUGACCACUGGAUCUUCGUGGCGGGCGUUUGCAUUGGGCAUUCGAUGGGGUUGCGGCCAUUCCAUCGGUCUCAUUUUCAUGGCGCUCAUCUUCUUUGCUGCUGGCCGAACCGUAGACUUGGACCAAGUAGGGGGGUACCUCAAUUACGCCGUCGGGUUCUUCAUGAUGGUCCUAGGCGUGUGGACAGCCUUUCGCGAACGCAAGAAAUACCGAGCACGAUUGACAGAAGACAUGUCUUCUGUCGUAGAUGGGGGCGGAGGCGAUCACCUUCCGAAGAGUCGCGCCAGUCAGAGCAGAUCGAGCGCGACGGCGGCCACUUUGGUGAUGCCACUGUCCCAGCAACGCUUGCCAAGCUCAGUUCAUGUAGAGAGGCCAUCGCACGUCUCAAUAUCGUCAGCAAAAGACUGUGCGGUAGUCGAGGCGUCAGCUUCGCCGUCAACGUCGUUUCAUCCGCUCAAGUCAGAAGAUGGCAGGUGGUUAGCUGCAGCUCCGUGUUCUCAAGCUGCUGAUACUGCAGAGCUUGCAACACGAGAGUCCUCUGUGUGCCACCUCCGCAAUUGGAUAUGCUGUCAACAUGUCGACUUUGAGAAACCCACGACGCAAAAGAUUAUGGCUCUCCUUGUCGGAAUCGUCCACGGCUUUGCAGGACCUGGAGGCAUUCUUGGCGUACUACCCGCCGUGGUGCUGAACGAUUGGACCAAGUCAGUCUCCUACCUCGCCUCCUUCUGCGUCGCGUCGAUCGCUAUCAUGGGCGUCUUUGCAGCUCUCUACGGCGAAGUCACUGGUCGCCUAAGCGGCAACUCCCUCACCGUGCAAUUCCGAAUCGGGAUGUUCUCGUCGUGUUUCUCAUUCCUCGUCGGCGUUGCGUGGAUUGGGCUCCAAGCAACUGGCCAAAUGUCGGCUGUGUUUGGCGAGUAG